AUGUCGCAACUCGAGAAAUUGCCGACGGAACUUCUCGAGGCGAUAUUCUUCUACUGCCUAAACCUCAAUUUGCCGGUAUGCAGUCCAGUUAUAGGAGGAAAGCUAAGCGGGGAGUCUGUCUACAGCAAGACUGUCAUUACUGCUUUUGAUAAAACCUGGGAUGGGUGGUAUAGACAAUCGAUUCUUCCUAUUUCGAAUUUCGAAAUGAAUCGCACUGAUAGUGGCAGCCUACAGUCUGCAAUUUUGAAGCGUCGUUGGGCAAGGUUACCUGUACUUAUCCGAAGUCAAGAUUUAUGGGUUCGAAAAUACGCACAAGGACGUCCGUUCCCGACCACUAUUAUACAGCGUCUGUGGAGUGAGCCUUUUGGAAGUGACAUCCGUAAAAGUGGCAUUAAAGAUGUUGAUCCUAAGACUGUUUCGGCAGUUCGCUUAUUCGACAAUGAUUUUGCCAAAUUUUGUUAUAUCUUCCGACGGGCGGAGCAAACGCCAGAUUUCAACAUGAAAAUCCAGCAUCUUUCGGGUUCCAAGAUUCAUGAUUAUGUGAACAUGGCCACAGGUACAGAGAUACCUAAUACGCUGUUGAUCGGCCCAUGGGAUGAGGAGGCCAUCAAGUUCUUAUAUUGGUUGGUUAUGGGAGGAGCACGUAUUGAUUGGCUCACAUCGACGAGUGGAGAGGCAGCUAUAAUUGGAUAUAAGAGAGCUGUUCGGGAGUCCAGGAUCGAGGUAAUCUACCUCCUAUUGCUUGCUGGUAUAGAGAAUAAGCUUGAUGGUGAUAUCAUCCAAUAUGUACUCGAAAAUGCGGAAGCAAACCGGUCUUUUACCACCAUACUGAUGAUGAUGUCCCCUGGGCGUUUAUUUUUCGACCAUGCACCCCAUGUCACAGCUUCUGGUGUAGGAUAUAUCUAUCAUUCAAGGCCAUGUCGGAGACUCCUUUCAACUUCACUACCUCGUGGAGCAAAUGUCGAGGCUGGAUUCCCUAAUAUUGAUUCCUCGAGACCGCGAUUGGCCACCUCGAAUUCGACCUCAAAAGCUAUCCAGCCCAAACGGACUACACUACCGAGCAAGAAAUCUGCGGCUCAGAAUCGCCCGCAAACAAGUCGCGGAAUAUCUACAGGCACAAGGAAAUGGCCAUUCAAACUCUGGUCUUCGAAGAGGGGCGGAAAACCAUUACAACCUGACGACCUGCCAAGUCGCAGUGAGGAUGGAAGAGAUAUAGAUGUGUUUAGUCUAGGGCGAUCGGUAUCUGUGAAGGCUGCCAGUGAGCCUCGGUUACGAUGUACAGAGUUGGAUGAGAAUGGGAAUGUAGUUCUUUAUGGAUUGCUCCCUCGAGAUCUUCGAAAAAUUGAUUCGAGUACCCUUCCGCAUAUCCUCGUCCGCCCUUCUGCUAUUCUCAUUAAUCUUCUCCACCUUCGAGUCCUUAUAAAAUCUAAUAGAGUUUUAAUUUUCGACGCCUAUGGCUCCACCGAUUCCUAUACACAAUCACUCUUCAUGUAUGAUUUAGAAGGAAAGCUUCGCCAAAAACAAACUUCUCCGUCAGCAGGCGGCCUUCCGUACGAAUUUCGUGCCCUCGAAGCUGUCCUGAUAUCUGUUACAUCUGGCUUGGAGAAAGAAUUUGAAACAGUGCGGGAACCAGUUGUCAGAGUCUUGAAAGAGUUGGAAGAGGACAUUGAUCGAGACAAGCUUCGCUACCUUCUUAUUUACUCCAAGAAACUCGGCACAUUCGAACAAAAGGCAAAAUUGGUCAGAGAUUCGAUUGAUGAGUUAUUGGAGGCGGAUGAUGAUUUGGCUGCUAUGUAUCUUACUGAGAAGGAUCAUGAUUUAAAGAGAGGAGAAGACGAUCACACAGAGGUCGAAAUGUUGUUGGAAUCGUAUCACAAACUAUGCGAUGAAAUUGUUCAAGAGUCCGGGAAUUUAGUUUCUAACAUUAGGAACACAGAAGAAAUAGUCAAAGCUAUACUCGAUGCUAAUCGCAACUCCCUUAUGCUUCUUGAACUCAAAAUUUCUAUUGGGACGCUAGGUAUGGGUUCUGGCGCGUUCAUUGCUGCCCUCUAUGGCAUGAAUUUGAAGAACCACAUCGAAGAAUCCGACCUCGGUUUCCUAGGCGUAUCAGGUUGGUGCGGGAUUUUCGCAGCAAUUGUAUGGUUCUAUGGAAUCUCCAAGCUUAAAAAGGUUCAACGAGUUAGUAUGUGGGGAGAAAGUGGGAUGCGGGGUCGCAACUGGAGAGUGGCGGAAGAUGAAGCUAAAGCAGUAGAGAUGGAUAAGGGGAGGAGAGACAGAGGACGAAGAUUAAAAGAGGAGAGGGGAAGUGCUAUGGAAGAGGUUAGAGCAAAGGUGUUGGAGCAGAGAAAAUCAAUUCAUGAGGCUGUCGCCGGUGCUCAUACAGAAAAAAGGGCUGCGGCUAUGGCGUCUAGGAUUGCGGGGCAUGGGCAUGGGCAUGCACAUAUAAAAAGAGGAUUAAAUACCGUUACUGAUACCUAG